AUGGCGCUUGAUCGAUGGGUGGAGUGUCCGCCAAGCAACUUCCUACAAACUGCACCAAUAUGGAUAAGGAUAUCGAACAUCCCAGUUAAUUAUCUCACUAUCAAAACCAUUGAUGCGGUGGCUGGAGCUAUUGGUUAUGUGAAAGAUAUCGAAUGGGAUCCGGAGAAACCACUAUUGCAAGACUACAUUCGAGUCCAGAUUGUGAUGGAUCUCAGUCUUCCUGUGAGAGAGAAGAAGAGCUUGACAUUACCUAAAGGAGGUGGCACUGCAUUGAUUGACAUCGAAUAUGAGAGGAUUCGGAAAAAGUGA